CAUGGGCGCGCGGGCGCUGUGGGCGCUGCUGGCGGCGCUGAGGGCGGGCUGGUGUCUCCUGCCGCAGAGCGGGUACCUGCACCCCGACGAGUUCUUCCAGGCGCCCGAGGUCAUGGCAGGAGAUAUUUUAAAUCUACAAGUCUUUUAUCCUUGGGAGUUCCUUUCAAGCUUUCCUUGCAGAACCGUUGUUUUCCCGUUAAUGACAUCAGGAGUUACUUACUGGGCAAUCAAGUCUUUGCAGCAGCUGGACAUAUGUUCAAGUUGCAUCAACAGCUACACUCUCCUUGUAUCACCUCGCCUUCUCUUUACAAUCUUUUCUUUCAUACUUGACUAUAGUGUAUAUCGAUUAGCCCCUUUCUGGGAGGCAGAUCUGUGGAAAGCACUGGUACUUCUUGCUGGAUCCUAUGUCACUCUGGUGUUUUAUACAAGAACAUUUACCAACACGCUUGAAGGACUUCUCUUUGCUCUUCUCAUGGUACUGGUUUCCUCAAGAAAGUCCCAUGGCAGCUCAGUGGAGCCUACAAGCAGCCCUCUCAUAGGUGUUAUAACAACUGCUGGGUUUUUCAACAGGCCAACCUUUCUGGCAUUUGCCCUAAUGCCCCUGCUUUACUGGGCAGGUUUAAUUGUUGAUUCUCAAAGGAGCAUUAAAACUGUCAUAAACCACUUUUUGAAGCUCAUACUAUGUGCAUGUUUCACUGCCAUUGUUUUCAUAACAGCUGACACCUUUUAUUUUACCUCUGUGAGCUUAGAUAACCUUUACAGCAUUAACAAGGGCAGCCUAUUUGAUGUAAUAGCUCAAUUACAUGAGAAAAUGGUAGUAACCCCCUUCAAUUUUCUCAGCUAUAAUCUUAAUCCCCAUAAUCUUGCACUGCAUGGAAGUCACCCACGAGUUACACAUUUUACAGUCAAUGGAAUUAUGCUCUUUGGGAUCUUACAUGUUCUGGCCAUUGGUGCUGGUUUUAAAAUGUUAAAGAAAUACGUCCAUCAACUAAUACGGGUCAAAUCAUGUUACCGUGGGCUUGCUGGGCUAUUGGUGCAUUCCGAGGGCAAUACAACAUUACUGCUGUUUUAUUUUGUUCCUUUGGCAUUUCUCUCCCUAUUCAGUCACCAGGAGCCUCGGUUCCUCAUUCCCCUCAUCUUGCCAUUGGUCCUGUUCAGUGCAUCACAGGACGGAGCUGUGAAGUGGAAACACCUCAUCAUUAUUUUCAAUCUUCUCGGGGCAUUCCUGUUCGGGUGCCUACACCAGGGAGGGCUGAUACCCUGUUUGUUUCACUUGGAGCAGCUUAUCCAUUCUCCAGCACCUUCAAACCAUCCAAGGCACUAUACUCUACUCUUUGCUCACACCUACAUGCCUCCGAGGUUUCUGCUUAAUAUCAAGAAGACAGACAUGCACGUACAAGUCAUUGAUAUAGCUGGGUCUGGAGAAGAAACCCUCUGCCAGACAGUAGAGCAGCAAGCAAGCAAUUUUACCUGCAGUGAUUGUCACAUUUUUGUCAUAAUCCCUGGUACAGUCAGAGCCACAAUUGCAAAACGUGGUGUCUCCUUCAAGAACGAGACUGUGAUAUUUCCACACUUAUCAAUGGAAGACCCACCACAAAUGUCCAUCCUGUCCAGUGGAAAUUGGAGAAGUCAGUUAGGACUAUACAUCCUUCAGCUAGACAGAGAUCAGCACAGAUUUUAGGAGAAUGAUACUUUGGUUUUUCACUUCAUUUGGACAUCGUCUGAAUGUGCUGUGAGACCUUCCUUUUCACAGGCCCACCUUCAAUACAAGCAGUGGCACUGGGAGCUCUCCUGAGUCUCUUUAUUUGUCAUGUUCUUAUGCUUACCAGUAUAGCCAGUUCUGGAUAGAAUCUGUUUAGAAUUUGAGUUAUUUAGCCCUGUAGUGUUUCAUAUGAACUUCUGUAAUUUUCCUGAUUGGAGAGGAUAAAAUCAGAGCCCACUAAAACUGUGAUUCAAGCUUAGCAGUCUCCAUGUGAGAUUUAUUUUUGGAAGUUUUUAUAAUCUCUGACAGAGUUUGUAGACUGUGGGGUGUUUACUUAUAAUAGGCAUUAAUUCAGCUGUUGGAGAGAGCUUACAAGGCUAGACAGAAGCUGGUCUGAUUAAGUAAGAUUUUAUUUUAUGUACUUAAAAAUUCAUUAGACCAAACUGCAGUCACAGUACAGGCACCAGCAGUGUAACCACUUGGGUGGUUCUGCCUUGAAAAAUCCCCAGAACUGAUCUGACAGAAUCUGAUUUAGGACGUGGAGGAUGCUUCAGCCUAAGUACUUGUGCUAAAUCCUAAAAUCCAAGCUUUGCCUGUUUAACCUUCCUUGCCACAGUUCCAUCCUCGUGAACGUGUUCCACACGCACUGCGCCCAGAGCUCGAGGAGACUCUUCUGUGAUGGCACUGAAGCCGCUCAGUGUUCUGCUGCUGCAGCCAGGGCACUCCUGCCCUUGCACGUUCCCAGCGCCAUUCUCGCAGCUGCCGCUGUUCUGUCACGACUGUGACUCCAGCAGAGCGCACAGCGGGCCCUGUGGGGAGCUGGAUCGAGGAGCUGCGCAGGCAGAAAGCGGUUAACUCGGAGGGAUUUGAUCCUUUGUGCCAUUGGAGCAGAUGGAUCUCUGAACAGGCUCACGGCAAGGUCAGAGAUGGACCAGUUCUGCUGCUGGGGAGCGCGGGAGGACCCGAGGGAGAAGCGCGUCCCCUGCGCCCCCUCCCCUUGCUUAACUGCUCCCCAUUAAAUCAGCUUAGUGGGAAUGACAGAUCACAUCCUGGCUCUCCACUGGAGAGCAGGCUCAUUUUAAACUGGGAUACAAAUAACUGGGCUUCAGCUGAGAACAAUGUGUGUGCAUAAUAGCACAGCACAACUAACAAUCUUUGGUUUUGCCUACGUGAACUUCUGGAUCCAAAACAUCUUCACAUGGAGGGAGAUACUAAUUUGGCACAUGCAUUGUAGGUCAAACCUCUCUCUAUGGAAUGAAUCUGACAUUUGAAUUAUUUCUGCUCGCAAAGGUGGUAAUGCUUUUGGCAGUUUUGCACCCACAGAGCUUUACAUAAGGUCUUAUGAGCCAGGUUUUCAAUAGAGAUGAGGAUAAUAUAAGUUGAUGCCAGGCUUUAAAGGGAUGCUAGGAAAAUGCAUGUGUGAAGGAUUUGCCUGUAUUUUCCAAACUAUAGGUAUGACCUAGAUUUUUAGGGAACAUAGCUCUUGCUCUCUUGUAAAGCAUUGUGCAUUUUCUCCCGUUUGUUCAUCCACCUCCAUCACUCUCCAGACAUGCCUGUAAUUAAAGGUGGGUGUAUGGGGGGAGGCAGGGGGAGAAGGGGUGCAUGUAUGUACUGAUGACUCACAAAGUAGUGGAAAUUGUUUUGAAAGUAUUGUGA